CAAAUGUAGCAGAAUUACGGCCUCAGCCUCUGUGCUACAACUUGUAUUUUGCUUCUGCACAUCUCUGCAUCACAUUCAUGUUAGCUAUAGUACGUAAUGCAGACAUAAAAGAAAGUGUACAUAUGUGUAUGUUUCAGCUGCAUUUUUCAUAUUGAACUAGAUAUAAUGGAGCAGUUGUACCUCUCUCAUGUUAAAUGUAACCUGGUUUUAGUACCAUGUAUGUAACAUAUUAAUCCUUAUUUUCCAAUUCACAGUGUAAUAAAAUCUUAAGUUAAAUGCUGAAACAUUAAAUGUAUACUGAUAUUAGCAUUAUCUUUCAUACAUCCUUUCCCUAUGAUACUCUUUGAUAUGUGCUCUUUGUUUGCUUGAAUCUUAGGUUGUCAUCUAUACUUGCAAGAUACAUAGAAAUAUUAUUGAUUCCAGAUCUUUAUGCAGAGUUGCUCUCUCAAUCACACAUCUUGGUUACUUGAUGCAACUGGUAAUUCUUGUGGAUACUUGUAUCAGAUUUUGUAUGUUAGGUGCAAAUGAGAGACAGUGUCUACCUCCACCCCCAUAGACUGACUUCAUAUAUAUAUUUAUUUAUCUAUUUACUUAUAUAUUCAUCCUUAGGUUACUGUCAGAAGGAUAUUGGAUAUGCCAAUAUCCAUUUACAACUACAGUUACAGGGUAAAUUACAAUUUGAGCACAUAUGUUAUUUUACAGUACUCUUACAUAAAAAUUUGUGUACAAUAAUUAAUGAAAUAUCGAUGAAAACUUUAAUACUAAUUUUAACACUGUACAAACAUGUUGUUUUGAAAUGCUUAUUUCAUUUUGUUUUGAAGUUUGGCAGUGUUUUUGUAUUUUUUAGACUACAGUACCUGGUAGUGCUGGCCGGUGUGGCUGAGCAGUUCUAGGUGCUUCAGUCUGGAACUGCGCGACCACUCCGGUCGCAGGUUCGAAUCCUGCCUCGGGCAUGGAUGUGUGUGAUGUACUUAGGUUAAAAUCCAAGUACCCAUAAACAAAGCAUGGUAACACCAUGGGUGUAAAAGGACUGCAAACUUAUUGCACUGAUAAUUGUUCGGAUGUGUGUGAGCGUGUAAAUAUUGAACAUCUGUCACAGCAGUACCAAAACACCACUGGCAGAAGUCCUACAAUAGUUGUAGAUGGUCCAUCCUGUCUUCGUAGGAUAUAUGGUAACAACAGCUGGGUUUGUGGAGGGCAGUUCAAACAGUUUGUGGAAAAUUGCUGUAGCUUUGUUGAUAGAUUCCGGAAUGUCGGAAUAAAGUUGGUGUUCUUUUUUGAUGGUCCAACUGUAAAUGAGAAGAGGGAGACAUGGAUUCAAAGAAGGAAAAGAAGCAUUAGGGAUAUUGAGAGAAUAUUUGAUUCUUUAUCACAAAGACAUUUUUGGGAAGAAAGGUUUCCUUAUCAGCAGCCUGCUGGACUUAAUCAUUUUGCAAGAUGUAUUUUUAAACAUUUAUGUCACUGUGAGGUCCACACCUCAGUGCAAGAGUGUGAUUUUGAAAUUGCAGAGUAUGCAAGAAAUAAUUCUUGUUUUGCAGUCAUGGGCCAAGACAGCGAUUUUAUCAUUUACAAUUCAGCACCGUAUUAUUUCUCUGCUGAGAACUUGGAUUUAGUGACAUUAGAAACAGUUAAUUUUAACACGAAAGCACUUGCGGACUGUUUGAAAUUAAGUGUACUGCAUCUGCCUCUUUUUGCCUCUCUGAUGGGAAAUGAUAUUAUACCUGCAGAAAAACUGAAAAACUUUCACACCACAUAUUGUCAAAGAAAAACUGGAAAUAAAUUUGAAGAUAUUGCCCUUGGUGUAGCUGAUUACAUAAGAAAUUUCCCUCCAGUGGGCAGUGGUUUGCAUGACUACGUUGAAGAAAUAUGCAGGGUUGUGUUUAAUGAUAUUUCUAUGUGUGACAGCCUUCAUCAGAGCAUUUUGAGUUAUAUACCAGGUGAAAAUGAGGGAGAGAGUAUUGCUCAAAGAAGUAAUGCUCAAACAAGCUGGGAACAAAUAAUACUUGAAGCAACAUCAAAACACAAAAGAAAUGACAUUCCAUCAAGCAUAUAUGCAACAGUUAUGCAAAUGCCAUAUGAAGCUAGUACAUACAUGGAAGACUUUAGGAAAAUCGAUAUUCCUAGUUCAGGAAUUAUAACUCGAAGGAUUAGACAGAGACUUUACUCUGUUAUAUUGUCUGAGUGCCCUCACGCAGAUUCAAUGGAAGAAUGGUGUGUGACAGGAAGAGAAAGUUUAGAGAGGCCAUAUGCAGUACCUAUUCUGAAACCUUUGCCAGGCAGGAUAAAGCACUCAGGUUUACUCACAUUAUGGGAUCAUCGGAAGAAAGAUGAACCAGUUAUGAAUGAAAGAUGGACUUUGCUGUCAUGGAUAAUAUCACCAAAACUUCCAGCACUAAGACUGAGACAUCUUCAAACCCAUCUUGUUGCCCCAGCGGCAGCAUUAUUUUACAUGAUUCAUGAAGUUCAUCCAGUCUUUCUCACUCCUGAAGAACUGGACCUGUUUAUAGUUGUUUCAGUAAUUAUGGAGCAGUGUGACACAUCUUGGCUUUCUAAGAUUGUAGUAAGAUGGCCAGAUGCCAGAGCCAUUAGACUCACAACAUUGUAUCUUAGAUUACUGGUACAUGUGUUUGAUGUAAAUGGAGCAUGUGGCUUUCCAUUCCCACCUCAAGAUGGUUUACCGUCUAAUUAUUUUGAUGGUAAGUUAUUCCACCACUUGUACUAUAACAUGAAGAGGGGUCAUUCCCCGCAGCAUGAACUACGAAGCUCUUAUCAAGUUCAACAGUUUUGGAAUGUGAGAAACCUAAUUGUGGGUGAAUGAUUGUUCUUAUCAUAAUGUAUUAUGGUUCUUGUGCAAUCAGGUUGUCACUUCUAGCCAUGUGAUGACUUUUUAUGUAAAAGAUAUUGAUAUAGGCCUACUCAGUAAACAUGUAUAUUAGGUUAUUCACAUUUUCUAUAACAUUGUUGUUGAAAUAAACAUAGUUUUGAUAGAAUAAAAAACACCUUGAAAUGA